CAGGUAGACUCAGAGGCGUUUGAAUCAGAAAUCCAUUAGACCAUCACUCCAAAAACACACUAGUCCUUAAUCCUUACCGGACAAAACCGCGAAUUGGGUCUCUUGGGUUGUUGUGUUUGAAGGAAUUAAAAUUCAAAAUUAAAGACUAGAAGGGAAGCAGAAGCAGGAGAAGAAGUGUUUUACUAGAGAAUUGGUCUAAAUCAGGCGACAUGGCUCCUUCAAUGCUGUUGCUGUCAUUCCUGUGUUGAAUUGCUAGGAGACAAGGGACUUGAUACUCUAAGCGCUUGAAUUUAGAAGUUGUAUUAAAGCUCGGAAGCAUGGAGUGUUUCUACAACAUUUUUGAUAGAUUCAGAAACAGAAGCAAGGUACAGAAGUCGACAUCAGAGCUCAAAACCAGAACCCAGCCCGUUGCUUCGCCCUCUUCUAAUGAAGGGAAAUCCUCAGGUUCCUCUAAUGUUCGGGCUGCUUCGCCCUCGUCUAAUGGGGGGAAAUCCUCAGGUUCCUCUAAUGUUCGGGCUGGCUCGCCCUCGUCUAGUGGGGGGAAAUCCUCAGGGUCCUCCAAGGUUCAGCGAAGGAUGCCUGAGUUAUAUGAGAAGAAGGCCCACAACUUGCGGGUCUUUUCAUUUUCGGAGCUGAAGAAUGCUACAAAUGAUUUUAAUAGGUUGUUUAAGAUUGGGGAAGGAGGAUUUGGGAGUGUAUAUAAAGGUUUCAUUAAGCCUCCUGGUGGUAAGGGGGACCGGAUUGCUGUUGCCAUUAAGAUGCUCAACCCGCACGGCUUGCAGGGUCAUAAACAAUGGGUUGCAGAAGUUCUGUUUCUCGGCGUUGUUGAGCACCCAAAUCUUGUAAAACUUCUUGGAUACUGUGCGGUAAAUGGUGAAAGAGGCAUCCAACGGCUACUUGUAUAUGAAUUUUUGCCAAACAAGACCUUGGAAGAUCAUCUUUUCAGCCAAUUUCUUCCGGUUCUUCCCUGGCAAACAAGAUUAGAGAUAGUACUUGGUGCAGCACAAGGGCUGGCAUAUCUGCAUGAAGGAUUGGAAGUCCAGGUAAUAUAUCGGGAUUUCAAAUCAUCAAAUGUACUAUUGGAUGAGGAUUUUAAACCAAAGCUAUCAGAUUUCGGGCUUGCGAGGGAGGGGCCAGGAGAGGGACACACUCAUGUAUCCACAACGGUGGUGGGGACGCGUGGAUAUGCUGCUCCAGAAUAUAUUGAGACUGGGCAUCUGACGGCUAAAAGUGAUGUAUACAGUUUUGGUGUGGUGCUAUAUGAGAUCCUUACGGGUAAAACAUCAUUGGACAGAUACCGCCCAAAAUCGGAACAGAAACUUUUGGAUUGGGUGAAAAAAUUUCCUCCUGGGAGUAAGAAGUUCAGCACAAUAAUGGACCGUCGGCUUGAAAAUCAAUAUUCUUUAUAUGCAGCAACAAAAAUUGCCAUAUUGGCAGACAGUUGCCUGUGCAAGAAUGCAAAAGAACGUCCAUUGAUGAGCCAGGUUGUAGAAAGGUUGGUGCAAGCAAUCCAAGCUUCAGAAGAUGGAAACAGCCCUCAAAAUAUUUCUGUUCCCUGUGGAACCCACCUGGUUGACUCUGAUGGGAAGUCAGAUCCAGUUGGCAUCUCCAAAUCUGCGGAGAGGCGGAUGGCCCAUCUGGCCAAACUGGGCGAGAAUUUCAAUGCAAACAAUAAAAGAAGAUUUAUGAUCAUGCAGAGGGCCAAAGUGGCAUAGAUUUUUUCUGACAAAUGACCGUUCGAUUCUUACGCAGCUUUAAAUCUUUGGAUAUCCUAGAUAUAAUGAAGUCGUUCUAUGUUACUCAGGAAUGCAUCACAAAUUCAGCCAACUAGAGGUGUAAAUGGGAGCAGAGUAGAAUGACAGCUUCUCUUGGCUUUACAAAGUAGGGACCUUUCAGCUUAAAAUUUAUAAUGCAGGGUUUACUCCAGGUUUGUACUGUUACUCUAGAUUGAGAAUGACAGCUUCUCUUUGCCUGA